AUGAACAACGACUCGUGGUCUGUCGACAUUGGGGAUUUGAAGUGGAACAUUCGCUUGUGGGACUGGACUUGGUGCGGAGACACUGGCGCCACCUGCAAGAGCGGUGAGGUGGGCGACGCCAUCGAGCUGGACAUCACCGUGCAGAACAUGGGCGGCGGCUCAGCCAGCAAGAAGGACGGCAGCAACAAGACAGUCUCUCUGGGCGGUGCGGCGGAAUUCCAAUUGUCUACACAAGUGCAGACGGAUUGCACCUGGGUGGAGAUGGCUGCUGACUAUCCGAUGGUCACCACUCAGGGAAGCAGCAGCACUAUCACCUUCCGCUUUCCGAGUUUCAGUUCUUCCUCCCUCUACGACCCGGUGAUCUCCGGCUCAUGCACGGAGCUGGGCCUCGACUGCUCCGGGGACUCCACGGACGGCUCCGCAACGGGCGCUGAGAGCACAAGUGCCAGCGCAACUGUGGGUGCAGGAGCUGUGGCAGCGGCUCUAGCUGCGGCUGCAACAGCAUCCGCAUACAUCGUCUGA